AAUACUGAAACCUUCGUAGGUCAGAACCGGCCCUUCAUUACCCAAGCUUGGAAGCUAGAUGAAGAAAUAGAAGCCGAGAAGAAGAAAGCAGGAGGAGGAUCUAUCAAAGUUCCGUUCUUUUCUGUCUAAAGAGAAGGAGAAAGGGGAAGAAGACUGAAGAGUGCUUCUUAGAGAGAGAGAGAGAGAGAGAGAGAGAAUGACUUCUGGAGGCGGGAGACUGCCGACUUGGAAGGAGAGGGAGAACAAUAAGAGGAGAGAGAGGAGGAGGAGAGCCAUCGCUGCGAAGAUUUUCACAGGGUUGAGAACUCUCGGAAACUAUAAGCUUCCGAAGCACUGCGACAACAACGAGGUCCUGAAGGCUCUGUGCGUCGAGGCCGGCUGGAUCGUCGAGGAAGAUGGUACAACAUACCGAAAGGGAAACAAGCCACCUCUGCCACCUCUAGAGGCCGUUGCCACUGGUGCCCCAUCCACCAACAUUAGCCCAUGCUCUUCUCCAUACCACCUUAGUCCACCAUCCUCAGUCUUCACCAGUCCUGUGCCUUCCUACCAUGCCAGCCCUGCAUCCUCAUCUUUCCCAAGCCCAACUAGGCAUGAAAAUACUGAUAAUCCAAGCUUCAAUCCUUCCCAUCUCCUCCCCUUUCUCCGAAACCUCUCCUCUCUCCCUCCACUCCGCAUCUCCAACAGCGCGCCGGUGACUCCUCCUCUCUCCUCCCCUACUUCUUCCCGGCCUCCUAAGCUCAGAAAGCCUAACUGGGACUACACCGCCUGCAGGAAUCACCCUCUCGUUGCAGCCUCAGCCCCGACCAGCCCAACUCGCAGCCGCCGCCACCUGCACCCAGCAACCAUACCUGAGUGUGAUGAAUCUGAUGUAUCGGUUGUGGAUUCUGGGCGGUGGGUAAACUUCCACAACACUGCUCCGGCAUCUCCCACUUUCAACCUGAUCAAUCGAGCAGCUCCAACGCCGGAUUCUGCGGUGGGUGCAGGAGGGGUUACAGAGAGGGGGAUGGGCGCCACCGAGUUCGAAUUUGAGAACAGGUGGGUGAAGCCAUGGGAAGGGGAAAGAAUUCAUGAGGUUGGGACAGUGGAGGACCUGGAACUAACAUUGGGUUUGGGCAAAUGAGAAAAUUCAUUUAUUUGUGAUCACAGUAUUGGCUUCUUGGUUUCAGCAUUUUGGAUCUCUCUCAUGUCAUGAGCAGCCUAAGUUACUUUCUGGUCUCUCUGAAAUUUUCACCCUACUUCUAGCUAAUUUGGUGACAUUUUCUAUCCAUGCUGAAAGCUUUGUAAAUGGCAGGUGCUAUGGGUUUCAGGAUAUCUUGUAAGACAUUUUCAUCUCAUCCAUUUCAUCAGCUAAUCUUAUUACUGGUUCAUCCA